CCUCCUUUCAUCGCCACCAAACAAACAAUCAGCACCCUAAUCAGCCAAUGGUUCCCUCAUCCAUCGUCGCCAGAUCAGGACUCCAGGCUGCACGCAGCGCUGCCAGGACAUCAUGCUCAAAGCCUUUCUCUGUAUAUACAACGCGAGCCUUUACGACAUCAUGGGCCCACUCAAAGCAGGCAACGUCUACAACAUCAUCUACGCCACCACCAUCAUCUCCAGCAGCAUCACCUUCCGCUAACGAAACCAAACCCGCUUCAACAGAAUCCUCAGCAAAAGCUGAAUCCGUCGGACUCUAUGGCGGAUUUCUUCGCAGCCUUGCCAUGAUCACCGGUCACUACACCAUCAGCCAAACCGCCAUGCGCUCGACUCACAAUUUCUACGAGAUCUGUGCCGCACAACUACAGGAGAAGCGAUCCUUCUGGAUCGGCACAUGCGGAUUGCCGGACAACUUUCAGACAUGGUUUUCGGUCACACAUCUGCACGUCUGGUUGCUCAUGGUCCGUAUCCGUGCAGAGAAUCAUGGCAAAGUCUUUCAACAGCAGCUCGUCAACCACUUCUUCCACGACAUCGAGGAUCGCAUGAGAUACAAUCAUAAGAUCUCUUCAGGACGUAUUAUUACUACAUAUAUGCACGAUUUCUUGGCCCAGUUCCACGGAGGAGUCUUGGCCUACGACGAGGGCAUGUGCAAAGACGAUCCCAUCAUGGCUGCAGCACUCUGGAGAAAUCUAUUCACAUCGAGUGGUACGCCAGACCAGAUCGCCAUCCUGGUCGACUAUGUUCGCAAGGAGUUGCAGAUCCUCGACAACAUGAGCUCGGACGAUUUCUUGGAAUCCCGCAUCUUGUUCGACACCCAAGCACCGGCUCUCAGAGGCGUCCCUGGAAAGUAAAUCAGGGAGGGACAGACUCCAUCUGCAGCAUUGAUAGCCUUCAAGCAUGGGGAAGGCGACGAGCAUCACAAUAGAGAGUAAUAAAAAAUAACAUUAUAC